CGAUGUUUGACAAAGCAUUAUUCAUUACAAAUUAUAAAACUCUAUUGGUGCGUGUUCAGUUGAAGAUAAACAGCGAUAAAAUUAUUUACUUUGACCCUAACGACCCUAGUAAUGUUGAGCGUUUUUGUCAUUUGAUCUGUGUCGUGCAAAACGCUAACUCGGAACAUGGUCUGAUUGACCGACAAAAUGAAUUGGUGUGUGAUUUUUGUGUGUUUGUGCAUUGUUAGUGUACGCGCAUCAGGAAAUUCACUAAAGGAUCCUUACAUUUGUGGCCAUCCAACAUGCGCACCAUCGGAAAAAUUCAGAUAUUUAACACCAAUCAUAUACCAUUACGAGUAUAAAACAAAGGUAGAAACCUAUUUUGCGGGAUCCAGUAAUAAUCGGUCCACACUAGAUGUAAAAGCACGAGUUACACUACAAUUUAUCAAACCAUGUGAAGGCCUCCUGCAGUUGAGUGAUGUCACACUUAUAGACCAAGAUGAGAACUAUCCAGUUGAGCGAGCUGAAAAGUUUAUACACGCUAUUGGCUUAUUUGAUCUCAGGUUUGCAUUCCAUGAUGGUAUCAUAUCUGAGAUAUGCCCAGAAGAAGCUGAAGAAGACUGGGUGCUCAACUACAAGAGAGCCAUAUUAUCGUUAUUUCAGAAUAGCAUGAAGAGAUUUGACAUUAACUUCAAAGGUGUUGAGCAAGACAUACACGGCACAUGCAAUGUAGACUACAUAGUAAGGGGACAAGAGAACACUAGUCUAGUUCUAGUGAAGACGCGCGACCUCUCACAAUGUACUGACAGAUAUAAAUACAUGUCCAUACUGCAGACAGUACGCUAUGACUUCCAGAGUAAAUUCCAAACAUGGCCGGUUUUAAAAUCAGAAAGCAAAUGCGUUAUAUCAGUGGAUCAUCAUAUUUACAAGUCGGUAAAUUGUCGAGAGCGACAUCUCUUCGAGCCUUUCUCGGGGAGAAACUCGGGUGGUAUGACCACUGUCAUCCAAGAUCUCACACUUGUUGAAGAAGUCAAUAAGACUGGAUCAGAUUCUAUGGACAGUGAGAAUAAAGCUUGGGAUGUUAUUCAAAAACGCUCGAACAUUCUACAUCAUCACUCACCAUAUGGACGAUCUGAUACAGGUGAAUUGAAAUCGGCCAGAGAUGUAUUGAAACUACUUUGUCUUGUAAAACCAACUUCAGACGAUGAAAUCUCGACCGUCGAUGAAAACAUGGACAGUGGUUCUAUAGUAGGCUUAUGGGGCAGAUUAGUGCGUUCUGCCCGGAAAUUGCACCAUCCAGCGUUAGCUCAAUUACUCGCUAGGGCUCCUACUAUUUGUCCAACAGCUUCCAAACAUAUCCUAGAUGCACUUCCAUACAUAGCCAGUCCCGGAUCUGUGGAGCUGAUCAAAAACAUGAUCCUCAACAAUGAAGCAGAUAAAGACACGAGGCAUGAAUGGCUUAUGUCUAUGGCUAUGAUUCCAAGGCCAAAGCUGGAUAUGUUGAAGAGUAUGCUAGAAUUACUGAAACAGCAGAAGAAUGAUAAAGUGGUCAGUUUCACCGUAUCUUCGAUGACGCAUUCCUACUGCAAACACAAUGGAAAAUCGCUACGAGAAUGUUGCGAAGAAGAAGUCCCCAAGCAAAUUCUCGAAGAAUUCCAGAAUGUUGUCAAUGAGGUCAUAAGCAAAGUAGUUGUUAAUCCACAAAGACAGGACAGAGACAAUCUCGUAAUAGCCAUAAAAGCCUUAGGUAACAUUGGCGGUUUCAAACAAGAAUUCGCUGAUGUCUUAAUGAAUAUAAUAGGAGAUACAUUAAUAUCUGUGCCAAUAAGACUAACCGCUAUUGAUGCUUUUCGACGAACCCCUUGUGUUGAAACACGAGAAUACUUUCUCGAAACAUACAGAGAAGAUUUAGUUGACGUUGAAAUUCGUAUCGCGUCGUAUCUCCAAGUGAUGAGGUGUCCCAACCUUAGCACCAUUCGAAAGAUAUUCCACGCUCUGCGUAAUGAACCUGUGAACCAAGUCGCAACAUUUGUGUGGAGUCAUCUCAACAACCUUGGCCAUUCGUCAUUGCCUUCCCGAGUGGAAAUCCAGGGUCUGCUAUCCGGGAACACUAUGCCACAACUUGAAGAUAAUCCAGAUUUUAGGAUGUUUUCGCGGAACUAUGAGCAAAGCGUUUUCUUCGACCAGUACAAUGCCGGUGGUAAUUACGAAGCGAACGUUAUAUUUUCACCGGACUCCUACAUUCCAAGGGCAUUGUCUCUUAACUUGACGAUUGACAUGUUCGGCGAGUCCAUCAAUUUGUUAGAGAUCAAAGCUCGCGGAGAAGGUUUCGAAAAAUACUUCGAAGGACUGUUUGGAAAUCAGGGUGUAUUGAGCAAGAACAAAGUAAACGAUAGAAUAAACAAGCUACGUUUCUUCCGGUCGACCAACGAAGCUGACGAAGUCCGGGAUAAAGUCGAUGAUCUUGGCUAUAAAAAUAAUGCUCUAAAACAUCGCUUUCCAAUGGCUGAACUAGGUUUCAAAGUUUUCGGGAACGAGAUUUCGUUUUGGAGUGCAGAAGGGGAUGAAGAGAUACGGAAGUCGUUGGAAAGAUUGAACCCUAAACUGAGGGUUUUAGAAAUUCUGUCCGGAAAGGAAAUAUCCUACAACAAAGCGUCUCUAUUCCUCGACACAACAUUUUCCGUGCCAACUGGUUCUGGGAUGCCGCUUAACUUGAACCUCAUGGGCACCAGUUAUGUUGACACUAAAAUGUCAGGCACAGUCAGUGACAAGUACGCACGGUCGGGCAAUUUGGACUUUGAAGGGAAAAUAAGACCUAGCGUGGCAGUGAACAUAGCAGCAACAAUGAGCGUGUCAGCAGGUUCUCUGGCAUCCAGCGGCAUCAGAUUAUCUUCCCGCCUGUACACGGCCACUUCGUUAGCCGCAAAACUCUCUCUACGUGGACUCGAUGAAAUAAAGCUUGAUCUUUCCCUGCCUAGGGACAAACAAGAAAUCUUUGCUGCUAAAUCGGAACUGCUUAUCCUGCACGGAGAUGAGGAGUUGCCCCAACAAGGCAUUAACAAGAACAGAAUAGAACAAAACACCUGCAGUUGGACCACCUUCGACAAAGCUAUCGGCAUCAAAGUCUGUGCUGCGUAUCAGUUUCCUAACAUGACGAAUCUCCGAGACGCGCCAUAUUUCUUAUUGAGUGGACCGGCCAAGUAUAUUGUAUCUUUAGAAAAGGCUGAUCCUUCCGCCAAGACUUAUGCCUUACGAUAUAAAUGGGACAGGAAUGAAACAACCAACCUUAUAGAUUUUUCUUUUGACACUCCAAAUAGUAAGGAAAAACGUAUGUUCAACGCACGUCUUUUACUCUCGAACUCAUCGAGUACUGCCUCCCUUACGCUCCAUACAUCGGAAAGUGUCAUAAAAGCUAACGCUUUAUACCGCAACAUUCCCUAUGACAAGUGCAUCUCCGCAAGUUUGGACGUAGAUGGCAAGAAGCAGUUUGACACUGUCAUGUCCCUGAAAAGACACGAUGUGAAGUACGGGUUCGUGUGGCUUCCACACGCGUAUUGGGUUGUUAAUGAUGAAAAGAUCGCGGAACUGUCUGGUAGUCUUAAGGUAAAAUCUAAAGGUGGAGUGACACAAUGGGACAUAGCAGCCGAUUUCCAAACAAAGCAGCUAGCUAGUCGUAUGAUUGGUUACUACACUGUAAAUGGCCCCACGCACGGUACUAAAUUAAACCUCGACUACCAAUUCUACGGCAAUCCAAAGCAAAAUAUAAAAAUCGAGGGCUUAUACAGUGAGAGACCGAUGUCUUAUAGGCACGACUUGUAUGGAGAAUUGUCUAUGGAAUUCACGGCAUAUCCAAUGUAUAAUUUCUACUCAAUUCUGAGGAAUGUGAAAACUCAAAAUCACAUCGACAUAGGUUUCAAUGUGAGCACAUCCAAAGCAGAACGGUCGGACCCAGCUUUCACGUUUGUAUUCAAACGUAUUGACAAAUUGAAUGGACUGAAACUGGAUACUCAAGUUGUACUAAAAAGACCCAAACCUAUAAUUCUAAAGUUCCAGUAUGACCAAACAGGUCCUAAAUACUCCGCUUUAGCACUACUGAACUUCAACCCGAAAUCUCGAGAGAUCUUAAUAUCGGGCUAUGUGUUUGCUCCUCCUGGAACGCAGUUGUAUGCAGACGCUGAACUAAACGUCACGUUGCCAACCUUGCAUCCGUGCCAACUCAAAGCGAAGUUACAUGAAAAACAACCUAAUGAGUUUCAGGUUAACGCAAUGGGCGUAUGGUUUACUGGCGUAGAUUUCAACAUAGACGCCGUGUACCAAGACCAGUCUAAAACCAACUUGGCCUCGUACCGUCUAAAAGUGCUGAUCAACAGCAGUCAUUUCAAAGACAUCGCUGUCGACGCAAGAUUCACGCAAGACAAUCGACAAAUAACUUUUAUCGCUGAGGGUGAAUACAAUGCAGAUAAAUACAAAGCACUUGUACGUUACUUACUGCUGUCCGAACAAAAUUUCACGGCGUACGGUGAAAUAGGCAUUAGCGAAAAGUCUUACAGUUUGAGCCUGAACGCUGAUCUCAAUAACAACACUAACAUCGACAUGGAUAUACAUUUCGACCAACUCCGCGACGUCCACAUAUCAUACCAACGCGCCGUAAGCGCUCGCCAAAAACGGCUAAGCGCUUCGUUCAACUGGGAUGCUAACAGGGAUCCCUCCCAGAAACUCAGCAUAGACGCCAAGUUGGAUCAUAAGGGAGACUGGCAUCACGGUGGACACGUAACUUUACACUACCCCGGCCGAGUCGUUAACGGAGAAUUUGAGUUUUUGUUGAAAGAUUGGUUCUGCGAAUGGAUGGUCCAAAUGGGUUGGGCAAGUCAAACUGCAAUAGUGUGGCGAGUAAAGGCUUUCUCUGAAGUACACGAUCAAACCAUAUACGCGUUACUGUCUAGCCUUAGCACACCUUUUCCUAUGUGGGAGGACACAAGUUUUAAUCUUAUGUGGCGUUAUAAAGACAACCUUCAAGCAGUCAACGGUAGUAUGAACUGGCAGGAAAACUUCCUGGCAUUCAAUCUACUAGCUGAUUACCUGUUCACCACUACAAAGUUUUACGGAGAGAUCAAUGCAUCUGUAAACUCGACCAUACCAACUUUGCCGAGAGCGGCCGCUAUUGCAAGACAUACGGUUGUUUGGAAGAAAAGCGCUGAUACUCUACUGAGUUUUCAGUACAAUGAAGAUGGGUUACUUAUGAUCAAUUCAUCCUGGGCAAUUCACAAGGGAUUAAAGGAAAACAACGUUACUGGAAGGGUGACCCUUCUAACACCAUUCCAAGGCUAUACCAAAGGAUUUCUGCGAACUGAAUUUGUUUUUGGCCACAAGAGGGACAUAAAAGGUGUGACAUAUCUAGAUUUGGAAGAAAAGGUUAUCAAGAUCUACGUUAAUGGGCAUAUGCGACGCAUCACAAACUGCAUGCUAGUUGUAAACGUCACUAGUCCGAUCCCGCAGUUCUCUCAUACAACCGCUAGAUUCGGAUUUGUGGAGGCCGACAGACAUCUUGUAGCCAUGAUUGUCACACCAAACACCACCACAGGUAUCGAAGUGUUACUUAAAUUGUUAUCGCUGCAAGAUUUCCAAAUAUUCGGCCACGUGGCGCUGCCCCUACAGUACCUUAACAGAGCUAUGAUAACUGCGAAGAGAGCUGCCGAAGAGGUGGACUUCAGAGUAGGCUGGGGCUCAAUGGACUUUGGUUUCACGGGCAUCUGGCAAUGGAAGUCCAUACUCGACUUCGUGUACGUUUACAAAUUAUACACGCCACUUGAGGACUUCGAAGAAAAUGGUCUUGUAAUGAAGAAUAUAUACAAAAAUGGACUAGAUACCGAGCUGUCUAUUCGACUUUCCAAACAUAAGUUCGGUAUAGCCAUCCUUCUCGUGGACAACGGCAAAGGUCUUCUUGACGUCAUAAAGGAUCGUUUCCAACACAAGCCUGGCAGCCCGGAUAUGUUUGUAGAGAACUUCGACACCGAAGCGAGCGUCAUAUUAGACACAUUGUACUACCCGACUAUCACCUUCCACUCUCAUAUGAUGAAGUUCGUGGGUCCCGAUGAACAGGAUAUAUUGGAAGCAAAUGCUACAUUACAUCUUCCAGAUAAAGCACCUAUUGUUUUAACAGAUGUAUUUAUUUUAGAGUCGUACACGGUAAUGCAAAACACCUUAAACCUGGUUACGCCAUUCCAAGCAAUUCAGCAGUUGAAAUCUGUAUACACGUUGGAUAUUGCUAUUGGAGAGAAGAUCAACUUGACUUGCGUGGCUUUACUCUACAAUGGCACCUAUUGGCACGAGAUAUCUUAUAAGAUCUUCUACGAGACGGAAAUUGGCGAGGAUGACGCGUACCAAUCGUACCUCGCCUCAGUUGGUAUAGCGACCCCGUUGGCCGUACUGCCCGCACUGGAGGCGCGAGUGUCUGCGCGGCUUGAAGACGCGUUAUGGAAACUAUCCGCUGACAUCGCCAUGCCUUCGUUCACUGUCACUGCUCUAGCGAGACUUGAACUGGACGACCCAUUCGUAGAAACCUCAGGAAGCUUGAACCUGACAUCCGCAUACUUGGAAGACUACUUCAUUAAAAUGGAAUUCAAGAAAGACUUCUCGGAUGUUGAAAAUGUAGUCGGUGGGGGCAUACAAAUACAGCAAGGCAAUCAGAACAACUAUAUUUUCGCGGAUGCAGUAUGGCGCCCGCCACCGUCCCGUCAUAUCCGGUUCAAAGCACGAGGUGCAUUAGUCCCAGUGCUUUCACCAGCAGAACUUGCGUUUUUAUUCAGCGAAGAAAAUAACCAGAGAACCCUGACUGUGGAUUUCAACACUGAGAACGAUUACUAUUCGCUGAAGGCCGAUCAGUGGCCGGCUUCUCUGAGCGUCGCCCUAAGUAGCCCUCAUAAACAUUUUAGAGCAAUGAAAAUAAUCGGUGAAUUUGAGGGUGACGAUAUCCGAGGUACGUUUGUUAAAGAAGACACUGAGUACAGCAUCACAGGAAAAGUUCUGAAUCGGGAUCCACUGGAGCUCUCGCUGAACAUAAUUCCAAAAGGUCAAGGGCAGCAAUUAACAAUCCGAGUAAAGUGUGAAACUACCCCAACAGUGUACGCCAUAACUGCGCAUAUAGUGAGCUCAAUAGAGUUCACAGUGCGUGCCAAGCUUGAGAUGGAACAAAACUUCACUGAUGUUUAUUUUAAGGUGGAUAUGCCACAAGUGAAAACUAAGGAAAUGUACUUCAAAUCCCGUGUCGAUAUGUAUCCCGAACUACGUAGAGUGGUGACAAUACAGGCAGCCACACCGCUGGAAAAGUUGCCCUAUUUGAAAGGAGAUACUGACUUUGUAUUUGGGCCAAAAACUGGAUAUCUGCUUUGUAAUUACGCAUUACCAAACAUGAAAGGAGAUGGUGACCUAAAAUGGAGUUUUCUUUUGGGAGAUCUAUACAUAAAAGCAAUAGGACAACAACUUGUGGAAACUAUUCAAAAGAGUGUCGAUUUGGACAUAUACUUUGGAAAUAACACUGACCCAGAUGGGCUUCCGAAGACAAACGCUGGAUUCAGGAUGGACUUGGAUCGCAUUUGGCAAAUCGGUGCAAACGCAUCAUUCGGUAUCGUAAUGCCGAAACGUGUGAAAUUGAUAAUCAAUGCUAUUUUGCCGAAACCAAACGUAGAUGUGCAUACUUUAUACGUUGAUGGCACUGUCGGUGAUGCGAACAAUCCGGCGCAGUCGAUGCAAGCUUUAUACCGUACAGAUGUUACUAAGAUACGAGCUGGUGUCAAGGGACAGAUGCUAACAAUAGGUGAAAAUUUCGACGCUAACGCUACUAUAACAUGGACAGCGAAUUCGAAAUACAGUGACGUGGAUAACAUAGUAUCCUACAAAUGGGAUGUGAACGGCUCGAAAUACAUAGACUAUACAUUAAACACGCCAUGGUACGAAAAAGAACCGACCCUAACUCUCAAGGGAUCCUAUCAGAAGGACAUGGUGCAUAAAUUUCAAGUUGUCAAAGGGCGUAUGCACCGUCCGGGCAGUUGCCAAAUAGGGGAAAUAGAUGUGCGCUACGGAGGGUUCAAACACACGGAUGGACACUUUAACGUCUCCACGCCGUUCCACACCCUUCCCUGGCUGAAGUCUAUAUUCGACAUCAAUAACGCUGACGAAACUUCAGACAACAGAGUGGACUUAUUCUGGCCCAAUAAGACAGCGGCAAUCAACACAUCACACAUUUACACAAAACACGAUAAAGGUUUCACACAAAAUGGGACUAUUGCACUCUCAAUUCCAGUAAACACUCAACAUUUAAUCAACUCAGAAUAUUUCUACUUGGAAGAAGAAAAAUUCAGUAACGGAAACGCGGUUAUAGAUUUUGACAAGGAAAGAUUCGUUAAGGUCAUGUUUGAUAAAAUUUUGAGCAAGAGCGAGAGGAAUUUGGAUCUCGCUACGAUGAAUAUUCAAGUGGAAAACGUCCAUACACCUGUUGGAAUUAAGUAUAUCCAGGAGUAUGAUGAAACUGGAAGUAUUGAUGUUAAACAAGCAACGUUAUUCCACCUACACAACACAUCAAUACUCAAUGUGACCGGAAUACUAGACGUUCAUUCCUACGACAUCGGCAAAAAGAUGAAAUUCACCGCAAUCCACGGUAGUCGAACCUGGAACUUCGACAACAUUUACGAAGUUAUAGAUAAGCAAUUGAAGCAGGGCAGCAAAAUCACUUGGGCAGAAGAUGUGUGGCUCGGUUAUGAUAUUCACGUCACCAAUUUGACUGUAGCUGACACUGAGUCCCAACAAAUUACAAUGGACGUUCGUUACCCACGCCGCAUAUUCCGAGUUACAGCACUAUAUCGGCUACAAGAUACGCUGUUGGAUGGCACCGCACAUUUACUAUGGAACGUUCGAGACGAGAACAAAACCGCUGAAUUGAGGGGUAAAUGGGAAAAUCCCCCGUACGCUGAGGGGAAUUUACAUGACGUUUAUCUUGCACUGUCACAUCCUUCGUUCAGGAAGGAUGUAACUUUACAAGGAAAAUAUUUAACAACACCAUCAGUCAUGUUAAACUUAUCAAUGGAACUCCAAUACUCGGACUACGAACACGAAUACCUCAAACUGAAGUCCGUUUUAACCGACAACUCUAACGGGCCAGUCAGAGAUUACAAAUUCGCACUCAAAUGUGUUCACCCUUCGACAAAUCUAGACUUGGAUAUGAAAUCAGACAUACACAUCCACAGUCGGUGGUAUUAUUUGAGCAAUUACUAUAGAUUCCAGAAGUCACUUUUCUAUGAAAAGUUGAGGAGUACUAAAUUUUUGGUCGACUUGAAUAAAGAUCUGAUAAAUUGGGAGCGCGUAAACGAAACUUAUUUCUACAAAGUGAAUGGCACCUGGAAUUUGGUAUACCCGCGAUACCAACUCAAGGGUAUCGUGCUAAGGCCUAAUGCCAACGACACCAUGUUUGCUGAACUGUCUAUGCUCGAUAAAGCUAUUAGGGCACAUUAUAACAGUACAGACGAUAUCUCUUACCACAUGAUUGGCAAAAUCAUAGACACUCGAUCCGCACGUCUAGACGCGUGGAGGCACUAUGAUGACGUUACCACAGUUGAUUUAGCCUCCUACAUCCGUUUGAACCAUUCUCGAUUACUUACCAGCGCUUUUAUGUGGCGUCCAGAAAUAUUUAGCGAGAUCAAAUCAUCAGUUGUUUAUACUUUAAAGAUUUUAUACAACCAAGUAAACGAAACCCUCUUGAUUGUCAAAGAAGCACCAAUGGAAGCUCAUCUAGCGUUAAGAAACAUUUGGAGCGACGCCAAACCUAGGGUCAGAGAAUUCUUAGACGAUCUUAAUGACUUACACGUUAUAAAAGACGAUUUGGAUGACUUCGAAUUAUUUUUGAACGAAUCUUAUGAUCACAACGACUUCUAUGUUAAAAAUAUCGUCGAGUUUACAUAUUAUGUACUCGACGAAAUGGCAAUUAGAAACCAUUUGGAAGGCUUGCCCGGAUUUGUUAACGACAUGUGGGGAAUGAUGGGAAAUACGAGUCAAUCUAUAAAACAGAGCUUAACGUUCGUAGUAGAUUCCAUUAAAAACGCAUACUCUAAUUUCCUGGAAUCCAUGAACAAAGUCUUGGAAGCUGAUUUAAUGGAAAUGGUGUCAGAUAAAUUAGAAUCUAUGAUACUACAGUAUGACAACUUUGUGCGAGAUUUACACAUGAAAUUUUUGGAAUACUGGGAGGAAACCUGGGUUAAUGCAUCUUCGAAAUUUUCGAAAUAUUGGCAUGAUUUGCUUAAAUCUAUAGAACCGUUAUUCUUCAAGAUGUUACAUUAUACGGAAGCGUUUGUGGUGACUAUUUGGAGGGGUAUUAUGGAUUUCUUCCAUGAAAGAACACACGAAUUAACUGAUACUCCUUACUUCAAUUACGUGUCUACGUUUGGACAUGAAAUGGACCGCAUAUACAAAGACCUUGUAAACAACGACAUCAUUACAAACAUAAAGAAAUACACUAAGAAAUUGUGGUACGUAAUUUGGAACAAAGUUGAAAAGUACAUUCCGUUCACGGAGGAAUUCAAACAGCUGUACAACGAAUUCCGAAACGCAUGGGAAAACUUCCUUAAGACACCGCAAGUUGUUUACGUUAGAGAAAAGUACAAGGAAGCAUACGUACGUUUAAAAUGGUGGUACGAUUAUUUCCUGAUCGGAGAAGCAUUUAACAAUGCUUGGGAGAUUGUGUACGCCAAAGUCACCAGUAUGGCUAAGACCGCGCUGCAAUAUGAGGAACUACAUCGAACCCCAAAAACGAACUUCAUUUUCGAUCCUUACAAGGGUGAAAUCCUGCUCGAACAAAAGUUACCAAUGUCCUGGCACGCCUUCAAUCAGACACCUGACUUCAGUGAAAUAUCCGAAUACAGAACAGUCCGGGACUUUAUGGACGAAUGGUUAAUAAGCAAUAGAAGUAUCUGGGCUUAUUACUAUGACAUGCGACCUUAUUUGGACUUUAAUAAUGUUGUGCCUCCGUUUGCUGGUCUUGGCAUCAUGACUGGACAAGGCACCCUCGUGACAUUCGACAAGCAAGUCUUCACGAUAUCGGAACCGGGCACAUUCCUGCUAACUAAAGACUAUAGACAGAACAACUUUACCGUCCUCAUGGAGAGCAACGAUCAGGGAAAAUAUGACUUGGUUGUGCUGACGAAGAAGAAUCUCAUAUUUAUCGAUUUGUAUAAAGAGCAAGUAUCACUGGGAAGAGAAACGCCUCUGAAUCUACCAGCAGUGGUUGACGAAUUGAUAGUGGAAAGACAGACCGACACGCUUUCUGUACAGUCACAGAAUGGCCUGCAAAUUGACUGCAACCUUUUGUUCCGCACUUGCAAACUGGAGGUCACAGGAUGGUACUACGCAAGCCUUGGAGGGCUCCUCGGAACGUAUAACAACGAGCAGUUCGACGAGCAACAAUUACCAAACGGCACAAUAGACACGGACGCAAAAAAUCUUGCCCACGCGUGGUCGAUACGCAGCGUCGAAGUCAAAACACCACCACCUCGAACCAACAAUACGUCCUGUGCUAAAUUCUUUAGAAACAAAGUAUCGCCGCUGCAUCCUUGUUUCUCUUUGAUUGACGCCAUGCCUUUCUACGAGGAAUGCGAGAAGGGCGUAGAAGCGUGCACGUUAGCCAAUGCAUACCUCGAACUGUGUUCACAGCAACACGUUCCCACUCACAUACCAGACCACUGUGUGCAAUGUAUUACGCCAGGUGGCGAUUUAGUGGAAGAAGGCGCUUUCCUACAGCUCGAAAACCUCCCUGAAUCCAUGGACGUAGUGUUUGUAGUAGAAGCGCAGUACUGCAAUAAGAAUAUACGCAAGGCGAAGAAUAUCGACCUGUUUGUCGACACUUUGGACAGCAAGCUGCAAGGGAACGGAUUUUCUGAUAACAGAUACGCUGUAGUCGUAUACGGCGGUAGUGGUGUGUAUCGGCGGGCACGUGCGCUUUACGUAAACAACAAAUUGUUCACCGACGCAGUCGACAUUCCCAGACACUUCGAGGCAUUCCAAAUUGACAAAAACUCCCUGGUGAAAAAUAACAAGACAGUGGGCGGGGACGCGUUAAGAGCACUUAGUUUUGUGUCUUCGUUACCACUGCGUGCGGGCGCGCCGCGAGCUAUAGUACUUCUGCCCUGCACCAAAUGCGAUUUAGAUUACUCAACCAUAUACCACAACCUAAUGGAGAAUUCGAUUACACUGCAUAUACUAAUGGAUGGUGAUUUCUCGCUUUCCAAGAAAAGGGUGGCCAAGUACCUCUUUGGCGUAGACAAUUACCUAGCAUACACAAACAAGGACUACGAGAGGCUAAUAGGCGACGCCGGGUUACGGAAGCAAGUCAGGCUACCUAAAGACAAACUCGGACUGUGCACUUCUCUUUCUCUGGAGACCAAUGGAACAAUUUGGGCCGGGUCGAAGCUGGAAGGCGAUCGCGGCGCGGCGCGACGCUUCGCGACAGUCGCGGGCGGUCGCAUCGCCGGCUCCUCCACCACGUGCCAGUCGCAGCGCUGCGAAUGUCGCAAUGCCGCACUGCACUGUCGCCCGUGUGCCAACCAUGACCCCUUGGAGCUAUCGUUUUGGAACACUGACAACAUUGACGAUCUGAUAGAUAUGGCGAUGGACCCUCCCAACCUACCCUCGUUUAGUUAAUAAUAAUAGUAAAAUAGUAAAAGAAUUCAUAAACAAUUAGGUUAUAUUAUUACAAGGUGUAAUUAAUUAAUGUAUUUGCUAAAAUGCAAUAAAAUAUUUUUGUAA